GAUGGAAGGAGAUCGGUCGGGCCACCCCGGCGCUCGCCGCCCUCAGCCCCUCGCGCCACCCUGGGCCCCGCCCGCGCCCGGCGCCUCCGCCCGCCCAGCGCCGAGAGCCCGCCCCGGGGCGGGGGAGCCCGCGCGGUCCCGGGGGCGGUGCUUGGCUGCCCGGGCAGAGCGGGCACGACCGGCGGCAGCAGCAGUGCUGCGCAGAAAGAGGUUCACUGUCUCAAUGGAAGUGGUACCAGCCUGGGCCCCAGCAGCAGGUUUCACACUCCUGCCACAUGCAGGAGGAUUUUUAGGAAGCAAUAUAACCAAAAGGGAAAUCCCAACAUGGUAUCAAACUGUACAGAAGCCAUCCUGGUGUCCACCUAACUGGGUGUUUGCUCCUGUUUGGGGAACUCUCUAUACAUCUAUGGGAUACGGCUCCUACCUGGUGUGGAAGGAACUGGGGGGCUUCAAUGAAAAGUCAGUCGUUCCUCUGGGUCUGUAUGCAGGGAACCUGGCAUUAAACUGGGCAUGGACUCCAAUAUUUUUUGGAGCUCACAAAAUGGGAUGGGGGUUGGUGACUCUCCUGCUUACAACUGGUACAGCAACAGCUACCGCUGCUUCCUGGUACAACAUCAACAAAACAGCAGCUUAUUUGAUGGUUCCUUAUUUAGCUUGGCUAAGCUUGGCUUCUGCACUCAAUUAUCAGAUCUGGAAGGACAAUCACAACAAGAAAAAACCUGAAUAAGCAGUUUUCAGCCAAAACCAUUUUUUUCCACAAUAAUUUUUUAUAUAAAGUUAUGACCUUAUUUUAUUUUUAGCUGAACUAUUUCUGCCCUAACUUUGGUAUUUACAAGUUGACAAAACAAAUAUAACUUUACUAGGCAAGCCACAAAGGGGUGUAUGCCUGACUGGGUUUUAUAGCAACUAAAAGUCGUGAUUGAAAAGUGUUAAGUGCUAUCUUCUAGUAUUAUGUGUUACAGCACAACAACAGCAUUGUAACUGUUACCAGAAGAAAGCAGGAACUCAAACUUCCAUAUGUGCAGAGGAAGAAAUCCAACUACACACUAACACAGUUUCCAGAAAGGUGCUCCUAACAGUGACAGGGAUGAUUGUGGCCUGAAUCUUUCCUAUUUACCACUAGGCACAGUGCUUUUGUGCUAUGUGUCCCACUACAGCCACCAGAUAUUUGUCUUCUGGCUAUUGUACUCUGGAAACGUGCAAGACAAGCUCUUUUCAACAAUUUGUGCCUUCCCACUUUGAAGAACUAUACAUGCAUUCAGCUAAAUGCAUUAAACUACAUGUAAACUUAAUAA